AUGGGUAUUCCCACCGAACCUGUUGGAUCACUGCCUCGCCCGCAAUACUUGCAGGACGCGUUUGCGGAUUAUGACGCGGGCAAGAUCUCACGCGAUGAUCUGCUUGCUGCGCAGGACAGAGCCGCCGCGGACUCUGUACAACGUUCGGAGGAGACUGGUGCUGAGUUCAUAACUGAUGGCGAGCAGAGGGCAUCCUCGUUUGCGACCUAUCCCAUCAUCGACACCCUCGGCGGCAAGGGUCUCGCACCGAACCUCGCGGCCGACGGACAAUACUUUGCCAUCUUCGAUGAUGAGCAUCAUCGGCAGCUUCCCAGGCUCGUCAAGGGUCCGCUCAAGUACAACACGUACGCGGCCGAGUACUACACUAAGAGCAAGCCGUUCGCGAAGAAGGCCAAUCUGAAACAAGCGGUUAUCGCGCCGAGCAUGCUCUAUCUAUUGUACCCUCUUGAAGGCGAGAUUGAGGGUUAUCCAAAGGAGGAGUUCGUCAAGGACCUCGUCAACGAAUGCGAGAAGGACAUCCGUGGUCUCUUCAACGCCGGCGCGAAGCGCAUGAGUAUCGACUUCACUGAGGGCCGGCUUGCAUCGAAGAAGGACCCUCGCAACCCCUGGACGAGCGCCAACCUAUUGCAAACUUUCAUCGACCUGAAUAACAAGGUGCUCGACCGUUUCGAUCCCGCCCAGCGCGCGAACAUCGGCGUGCAUACUUGUCCCGGAGGCGACUGCGACAGCGUUCAUAGCAAGGAGGUCGACUAUCAUGAGUUGCUCCCGGCGCUCUUCCAGAUGAAUGCUGGAUACUUCUUGAUACAGUGCGCCAGCGAGGUGAACAAGGAGAAGGUGUAUAAGGAGAUCGGGCAGUACAUUCGCAAGGAUGCCAACGGUGUGAAGCAGGUCGCUUUCAUCGGCGUCAUUGACCCGCUCAACCCGGAGAUAGAGACGCCUGAGCAGGUCGCAGCGCAGCUCGUUGCAGCUUCGAAGUACAUUCCCGUUGACCAGCUAGGCGCGACGGAUGAUUGUGGCUUUAGUCCCUUCAGCACUGACCUCAAGCCGAAGCACGGCUCCCCAGACUUUGCUCGGGACAUCGCUUUUCAGAAGAUUACCGCUCGCGUUCAGGGUGUGAAGAUGGCCAGCGAUAAAUUAGGUGUAUGA